CGCUGGCCGGACCCACGGUACGCCCGUACGGUGCUACUCCCACCAUAUUACUCUCUACUCUACUCGGUGGUGCGCGGUGUGGUGUAGUGUGGUGGUUUGUAUGCGCGGACCGCGUUGUUGGUGGCCAACAAAACAACACAGAAAAAAAAACCGCGACCAAGAAAUCAGCAGCUCCCACUCCAGUUACCGGAGAGGGGGGCGGAGAGUGCCAUAAAGGAGAGCAGCAGCAGUGAGCAUCGCGGUAGGAUCGGUGCGCGUAUAGGGCCAUCUGGCCAGCGCUGGUGGUUACAUAAAAAAGGUGCUACGGGAAAGGGAACACUACAUUCCAGUCCCGAGACCGAGACCGGGGUACGUCGAGUACGCCUGUUGUUGAGAACGCCGUUAAUCUGAUAGGAGCCUCGGGCUGGUUCCGGUUCAAUGCCUCGAGCCCUGGGAGUGUUAUCGCUGGCGCUGCUGGUGCUGCAUUUCAAAACAAGUGCGCCAGUGUGAGGUGUGUGAGGCCCCGAGUCGCGAGGUCGCGUAAAAGUCGUGUCGUCGCCCGUUCCGGGGCUGGCGUACACUUGCGUUCGUGCGUUCGUGCGUGCGUGUGCGUACACCGGGCAUUCCGCGGGUGCUUGUGUGGAGAAGCGAGUGAAGCGUUUAUUGCUCUGCGUCAAAGUAAAAAAAUCCGCGGCACUACGUGCGGUGCGGUGCGGUUAAGUAGGCUAGUCUGUCGGCGGCUGUUUAGUGCUGGCUGGUUGACAACUCGGAGGCGGGGGCCGCCGCCAUUGGUAGCGCCUUGAAGGUGGUGGUUCCCACGCGUGACAAGAUGUGAUGGGAAGUGGUUGAGUGUAAAAAACGAAGGGGGUUGAUAAAUGCACACUGUAGAGAGCGGCGCACCUUCCGCGCGCGGAUUGCGGAAGUCAUGCGGGAAACGUACCGAUCCGAUGCGAAGAGGCACAAGCAGUGAGUGAAUCCGACGGCCUUCGUUGGCUUCCUGUGGCUUCCAGCUUAAAUCCCACCCCUAGCCUCUCAUCGUUCGCAACCCUCCCUCUAUAUCUGUCGUGUCCUUUGGCGUUGACAGUAUUGACAUUGACGAAUGCGCCGCGCCGCGUUUGGCCGUGACACACACAGUAUGGCGUACCAGGCGUGGAAUGCGUACCAGCAACCGCCGAACAGCAGCGACGGAACCUGUUGUCCGAAAUCGUUGACCAACGACGCGCUGACGCUGGCACCAACGUUCGUUCCUUCAACAACCCUUCAUUGAGGGUAGCUUAGUGAAAAAGGAGCAAUGGAAGGAGUAGCAUUCGACGACGGCGCGCAAAAUACACCAAACAGAGGACGGAGAAGAAGAACCCGGGUACAUCCGGGACUCACAGUUCGAAGAUCCAGCAGAUCUUCUGCCAACAAACAUAUCAUGAAGGCCGAAACCUUCGACGAAAGACGAGUCUGAUCGACGGGAGAGUAACAAGAAAACCAAACCGCAACCAAUGCAUAUCAGCAAUUGCCUCGCGUGUAGCAGCAGCAGCAGCAGCAGAGAGAAAGAGAAAGAAAGAAAAAGGAAUGCAAAUGCUCGCUGCACACGCUGUUAUCUACGAUUAGUAUAAGUGCAGUUUACAAGCAAAGUUUAGUGAUACCGUGAUAGACACUUUUGAUAGAGUGAAGGAAGAGAGAAAAGCUUUACAACAAGUAGUAGCCAGUCACAGCAGUAGCAGUAGUAUUGAUUUAGUGUUAAGUGUCCUCGACGGAACCUUCUCCCUCGAAAAACCUGCAAACGUCCACAAAGCAACCGGAAUACAUAUCAGAACGAUUACGUUCGAGAGUGUGCGUAAGAGUAGGUUAACCGAAGUACAGUGAGUGUGUGUGCGCGCGCGCGUGUGUGUGUAUAAUAGUGCAUCCAACACGUGUUCCGGGAGUAAAAAGGAUCCAUCGGACCACCCAACCCAACACCGCCAAAAAACACCAAAGCAGCGAAAAACGAUUUCAAAUUCCGCGCCCUCGACCCCUCCCCCGGCCCAUUUCCGGUCAAUCGACCACCAUCCGAGUGCCGUUACCGACCGGAUCGCAAACCAACCGGUCAUCCGAUGCAUUCGCGGCGCUGCAGCAGAUGGCACUACCGGAAGCGGAAAUAAUAGGAGAUCGAUUUUGUGCCCGGUGGCGCCUGGCCGGGCGCCGCUGAUGCUACCGGUGCGCCGCGACCCGGACCGGAUGCCCACGAAGCGUCGCACGGAUCAAUUGCGGGAUUGUGCCGUUACAUUACCACUGGAUAUUCUAUGGUUACCCAAAGCGGCUAUGAGGCCCCUCGGGCCAGAUCCUUCUCACUCGGAUUGCGUCCUCGUCGUAGGCGUAUCGAGGCCUAAGCUAGCGGCACUGUUCCUCUCGGUGAUGCUGCUCUCGCUGUUUCUCACCUUUCACAUACUCUACGACAGUGCGGUCUACAGCAUACAGGCAGCGACAGCGAUCUCGGAGAAUAAGCUAGCAAUACUAACGAACCACAUACCGAAUCCACCGGCCAUCAACCAGCCCGUCCUGUUCCCGAAUCGGAUACACUUCCCAAAGACGAGUCGCCGGUUACCGCAAUGUUUGAUAAUUGGGGUGAGAAAGUGCGGCACACGCGCCCUGCUGGAGAUGCUGUACUUGCAUCCAAGGAUACAGAAGGCCGCCGGCGAGGUGCAUUUUUUCGAUCGCGACGAAAACUACCUGAAGGGGCUCGAGUGGUACCGGAAGAAGAUGCCACACUCCUUCCGUGGCCAGAUAACGAUCGAGAAGAGCCCCAGCUAUUUCGUCACACCCGAGGUUCCGGAGCGUGUCCGGGCAAUGAAUGCAUCCAUCAAGCUGCUGCUCAUUGUAAGGGAACCCGUCACGAGAGCAAUAUCCGAUUACACGCAGCUACGAAGCCACGCGGCCACAGCAGCCCUGCCACCACAGCAGACCCUCUCGUCGACAUCGCCGCUGUCGAAGUCGUUUGAGGAGCUAGCCAUCAUGCCGAACGGGACGGUGAAUGAGGCGUACCGGCCGCUCGCCAUCUCGCAGUAUCACGUCCACAUGCACCGCUGGCUGGAGGUGUUCUCGCGCGAACAGCUGCUGGUCGUCAACGGGGAUCAGCUCAUCGACGAUCCGGUUUCACAGCUGCGCCGGAUUGAGGAUUUUUUAGGAAUCGAGCCACGCAUCGGUAGCAAUAAUUUCUACUUCAACGAGACGAAGGGCUUCUACUGCCUGCGGAACGAGACGGGGGACAAGUGUUUGCGCGAGACGAAGGGCCGGAAGCACCCGCGCGUCGAUCCGGUCGUCGUGUCGAAGCUGCGCAAGUUCUUCGUCGAGCACAAUCAAAAGUUCUACGAGCUCGUCGGUGAGGAUCUGGGCUGGCCGGAGGAGUAGUAGUAGUAGUAGCGGUAGUAGCGGCAGCAACAGUAGUAGCGGCAUCCCACCAACCUCCCCUACUCCUACCCUGGCCGACCGACCGACCGACCGACCGACCGGUUACCAAUUCUAGUGAGACUGAGCAGCGAUGGAAGCGGCACGCAGCGCUGGUGGUGGUGGUGCUGGUGAGUGUA